AUGGUCUGUGGCGAUGGCGGGCGGUGAUUCAGGCCCUUGUCUGAAGUGAAAGGAUUUUGAAAAAAUCGAAAUAUUAAGUAGAAUGAAUUGUCGUUGAUCACUUUAAGUCAUACAGGCACGCGACUAACGCCGGUCAAGAGGUUUGCACGGUAUAAAUCGUCCGCAAUACGUCAAGUACAUGAAAAAAUCGUGGUUCCUUCUUAUUGUGAGCUGGUAUAGAUGCGUGGUGAUCAGAUCGCUCGUCGUGUGUGAUUCACGCUUUAGGGGCUCCCGGAUGGCCAAUAUCCAUUCUCUUCUUUCCUGCACUUCAAAUAUCGGUCCGUCUGCAACGAACUUGACAUUUCCUCCUCAUCCCACGGCUAAAACAUACCUUCUUUUUUUUUUGAUCUUUCAGCUGUAUUUUCCAAACGGCCGGUGGAAUUAUGUUUCAAAUGCUCUGUUCUGUCACAAUUAGUGCAGUGUCGGGCAUGCUUUUCAUCAACUAGAUCUUUGACUAUCCUCGACUGUGAUACACUUAAGGCUGCUGAAGGUUCAAAUAAUAAAUGUGAAUAAGUGGAAGCUCAGCUAUAAAGGAAAGGUAAAGAAAACUAAACACCACGAAGAGCAUAAUGUCAGAUGAAGAAGACAAACCUCCGGCACCACCGGUUCGCCUCACCUCAAACAGAGGUGAGUCAACGCCUAAUUUGCCUGUUGACAUGCGUCCUUUGCCUAAAGAACCGGACUCGGAUGAGCGUAAGAAAAAAACUUUGAAAGGCAAGAUGAAGGUGAAGGAUGGCAAAGACAAGCCGAACAUAAGUUAUCCAACUAAUUUUGAACAUACGGUACAUGUUGGAUUCGAUGCUGUUACCGGCGAAUUUACGGGGAUGCCGGAAGCAUGGGCCAGGCUACUGAUGUCUAGCAACAUCAGUAAGCAGGAGCAAAAGAAAAAUCCUCAAGCAGUACUGGAUGUCUUGAAUUGGUAUGAUAAUAGUAGCAAAGAAGCAAAGGGCUCAAAGUAUAUGACUACUACUAAAAUGGUUGGGGUUGUUGCGCCGAUUGAACGGGCCAGCAGUCCGCGAAGUCUGGGCAUGGGAACUGGUAUCAACAUUGGAACCGUUCGUGGUCAGGCCAUGUCCCAAGCUUCCGGGAGUUCCCAUUCACAACAUUCACUAAGCAGGGUGAGCAGUAGCAGUCCAAGCAGUACUCCAACAGAUGCUUGUGCAACCAGUUCAGAACAAGAAGAUGAACCACCUCCUCCACCGAUUACCGCCAGACCUGAGCGUACCAAAUCUAUUUAUACCAAACCAAUUGAAGAAGAACCACCUUUGCCAUUACCAACAUCAUUGGGGUCCCCACAGCGAAAUGGAACGCAGCAACAGCAACCAUCAGGACUCGAUAGAAAUAAAAACCAGGCUACACCCACACCGACGACUACUGACCAAUCAAGACCCACGCAAAGUGAUAAAGCCAGAAAAAAGAAAAUGUCUGAUGACGAAAUAUUGGAGAAACUUAGAACCAUUGUCAGCGUUGGAGAUCCAAAUAGAAAAUAUACAAAGAUGGAAAAAAUCGGGCAAGGUGCUUCAGGAACAGUGUAUACGGCGAUUGAGACCUCCACGGGAAUGGAAGUAGCGAUAAAACAGAUGAACCUCUCACAACAGCCGAAGAAAGAGCUGAUAAUAAAUGAAAUUCUUGUCAUGCGGGAGAACAAGCACGCCAACGUUGUUAAUUAUUUGGACAGUUACUUAGUUGGUGAAGAACUAUGGGUGGUUAUGGAAUAUUUACCUGGUGGUAGUUUAACCGAUGUUGUAACUGAAACGUGUAUGGAUGAAGGACAAAUAGCUGCGGUGUGUAGAGAAGUGCUUCAAGCUCUCGAAUUUCUGCAUUGCAACCAAGUGAUACACAGGGAUAUCAAGUCGGACAAUAUUUUGCUGGGAUUAGAUGGAGGUGUCAAGCUUACAGACUUUGGCUUCUGUGCUCAGAUUUCACCCGAACAGAGUAAGAGAACCACAAUGGUCGGCACUCCAUAUUGGAUGGCACCUGAAGUAGUAACGCGGAAACAAUAUGGCCCAAAGGUGGAUAUAUGGUCACUGGGUAUAAUGGCUAUCGAAAUGAUUGAAGGAGAACCACCGUAUUUGAAUGAAAACCCUCUGAGAGCCCUAUAUUUGAUAGCAACUAAUGGUAAACCAGAAAUUAAGGAAAAAGAAAAACUGUCUGGGAUAUUCCAAGACUUCUUAGACCAAUGUCUUGAAGUUGAAGUCGAAAAACGUUCCUCAGCCUCGGAGCUUCUAAAGCAUCCUUUCCUGAAGUUGGCAAGGCCCUUGGCGUCAUUGACACCGUUAAUUAUGGCAGCAAAAGAGGCAGCUAAAGGUCACUGAGUGAAUAAGUGAAAGUGUUACAACUGGACAUUCGAAACAAUUGAAAUAAGGACGAAACGGCCUCAGAGAAGAUUUAAAGAAAAAAUUUUUUUAAAUUAAACACCCUCCCAAAACGGUAACGGCACAAUAAUUGAAUAAUAUAAUAUUAAUAAAUAACGUAUACAUAUAGCUAGGUAGAACGUAUUUGAUACUCUGUACAGUAUCGAGUAUUGAUUCGGAUUUUUCAAAAAAAAUUCCACUUUUAACACUAAAGAUCAAUAAAGUUAAUGAGAACCAAAAACGUGACAAAUGAUGCAAAGCUUGCUGUAUGCAAUAAAUAUUCCAGCACGUGAAGCUUGAUGUUUUGAUGUCAUCUUCAAAACCGAGAUCAGAAAAUUACUAAUCCAAUUGAACAUUUCCGUCAGUGUUUGAAAUAAAUUAUUCGUGUCACAAGAAGAGAAAAGAGAAAAAAUCGGUACGCUCCAGUAGAAAUAAAAAUAAGCUGGUUUAGUACAGGUUCAACAUGGUUUGCACGCAGAGCAAGGCCAAAUAAUAUAUAUUAAUAAAGCAAAAUUAAGUGGCAGUUAUUUUUCAAUGAUAUAAAGUUUCAAACUAGUAUUAUUUUUCACUUCAAAGUUCGAGCUAAUUCAGCUAGGAAAAUCCGUUACUUGUAGUAAACCUUGUUGAUACUAUGAGUAAUCCUAAAUUAAUAUAGUGUACCUGUACAAAGUGAAGCAUUAGUGAUUUUACAGUGAAAUUGGCCACUUGUAAACUUGUGUAGGUAUGCUGUUUGCCGCAAGAGUAAAAAGAGAAAAUGCGUAACUAGCUCAUUUUACUCUAAAAGCAUGAAUGCUUAGCGUUGUACAUAAUGAAUAGUAAAUGCCUAGGCAUGGUAGCCUGAAUUGCUGUUUGGUAACAAAAAAAAAAAAAUUGUAAUGAAAAAAGUGGUCUUCGCAUUGGACUUAUAUUUUUCAAGCAAGGUGUACGAAGUGAAAUGAAUGAGAUGAUUCAUGAUUUUCUUUUAACUUUGCAUAAAAGGCAGUCUAGUAGUUUUUAUUUUUGUUUUCCUCGUAUUUUUCUAGCAUUUAUUAUUUUUGUUAUACUAAUGCAACUGUGAAAAUAGUUACAUACAUUAUAAAUCAACUUCCUUGAAAAAAAUUACAAUUAUUUCAUCAUUUUUUAUGAAUCAUUGGCACAUGUACAUACCGUAGUUACAUAAUUUUCAUGCUAAUAUGAAACAUAAAUCGAUAAUAAUGGGAAAAGUUGCUAAUUUGCGGAGGUGAUACUCGUAGCAGCACUAUCAAGGCACGUUAGGACAUCAGUUGCAGCUUUCUAAUAUGUCUCUGUAAAUAUUUUUUGUUAUCCAUUUUUAAUGUCGCAGUUUUACCCAAUAAAUCGUAAUUCAAGCUAUAAAUGUAUACAGAACAGAUUUGUAGGUAAAAAUGACCAUGAACAGUUUUUUUGGUUCAACACUGGUAGAGUCGAAUUAUGUUCAACGUGCCUUGCAAAAAUUGACCAGUGAAAGAUUGAAAAUCGGUUACACGUUCGAAGAGUAGAAACAUUUUUUGACACUAAAAAGUGCCUGUCAUGUCAUGUUUAGAGACACAUACGAACCCUGUGCAAGUUUGUUCGCCAUUUUGAAAUUAUUGUACAGGUCGAGUGAUUUAAAAUUGUCAAAAAUGCAUAGACACGGUAAUACUGAUUUAAGAUAAGGUUUCUGCGUGAGUAUAUUAACAAUAAUUUAGUAUAAGUGCAGUAUGCUUGUCUAUAUUGUCAGAAACGAUGAUCAUAAAUGAAACCUUGACAUUUAGUUUAGAAUGUCUAGAUUUUUAGAAUUGUGUAAUUUUUUUAAAACAAACUUCUGUUACACAUAGAACUUUGUAUUGUAUAACGUAAAAGUGAAAAAAAUGUGAGAGUACGAUAGUUAUCGAAUAUAAUAAUUAAUUAACAUAUAUUGCAUACAAGGAGAAUAAAACACAUAUAUUAUUACAUUUUAAAGAAGCAUGUAACAUGUAUGUAAUGAAUUUAUCAUUUCAUAGAACCCUUUUUAAAAAGCCUGAUUAGUUUUUUAUGAUUAACGUUAAUGUGUAACUAUGUUUAAAACAAUGAGAAAGCUCAGUUUGCAUCAGGCUUAAAAUUCGGUUUAAUUUAGAUUUGGCUUGAUCAACUUUGUAUUGCAAUUCAUUACGAAAUUACAACAGAACAUAAUCGAAAAGCAUUGUAAAGAACGUACAAAGCCACUACUGCACAUUCACAACUCUAAAUUAUGCCAAACCUUGAAGCAUUGCUAGAAAUAAAGUAAAGAAAUAAUGCACAUCUAGUAUUAGUGCCGCUAUAAGUAUAAAAAAGGAAACAGUCUACUAUGACAUAAAAAAAUAUCUUGCACUAUAAGCUGAAAUGAAGUCUCACAUUUUCACGAGUAUCUGGAUAUAACUAAUAUUUCUUUAAACUCUAGUGCUACCAAGUCAUAUGAAUGGGACAAAUUAAGAAAUCGCUUCUUAAUUUACAGGUACAUUAGUACUAGUUACAUGCAGUAUUCAACAAAACUCCAAAAUUUUCAAUAUGAUUUAGAUAUUUGUGAAAAUGUUAGAUCUCAAUACCGAAUGGGGUUGAUGCUUAACAACAAGAUGAUAAUAUUUUAACCAAGUAUUCAGUUUUUCCCUUGACGAAAAGUUAACUAUUUUGAAAUUUAACCCACCAAUUUUUCAAUCAGGAAAUAACAUUGUUAAUAAAAUAAUACGAUUGUGAAAAAACUUAGUUUCUUAGAGGAGCUAAGCUUUUUCGAAAUCAUAAAUAAUAAAGUAAAGAAAAAGCAAAGAUAAAGAAUUAUUCUAAAGAUAAGAAUACCUACAUUUUUGCGCCUAUGUUACACUGUAACUCCUUUUGCUUUAUUUUAAAGGAAUAUAAUAUAAGAGUACAUUUUAUAUGGAACAUCGGAAUCGUGAAAUUUUGUUGAACCAUCUCAUAUAUACACACACACAUACACACAUAUAUUUUAUCGUUCCAUAAACCAGAAUUCGUGACUUAUCAUUGCUAUGAAUUGAUUAUAAGCUAUACUCUACAUUAUAUGAACAGCUUAUCUGUGCUUGUGCCGUAUGGUGACUGAUCGUACUUAUUUAUUAUUUCAUUUUCCAAUUUUCUCACCUGUAAUUUAAUUUAUUCUCUGUAUUGAUAAUUUCUUAUCCCUGUCGUUCCUUGGUAUUGCGAUCCUAUCCUUCGAGCUAAUCAUGAGAUUAUUACAACUUCAGUAUUUUACAGAUUUGUCAGGCAAAUAUAGAACUGACAGGUUUUGCAGGAUCAUCACUUUCCAGUGAAAUAGUCACAUUACUUGUAAUCCUCAAAACAUUUUUUUAAAUAUCUUGGUAGGUUUAAGGUACAGAUUUAAAAAGGCUUAGUAAAAUAAAUACAUUUUUCGAGACUUUAGACUGAAAAAUUGUCAGACGUGUUAUACGAAUGGUGGAGGAGCAAUGAGUUAUACUAGGAGCAAUCUUUUACAUAUUGACUUUUAUUUAUAUGUACUUUAUAAAUAUGAGUGUUACACCUUUAAGCUCGUUUCAUAUUCACAUGUAUUUCUUUUAAGUAGGUCAUAAAUUACAACUUAGACAAUAGAUGCAUUUUAUACAACCAAUUUAUUAAUUUUUCUUGUGUUAAUAACAUAUUUGUUACAUAUGACGGUGUGACUACAGAUUAUGGUUAUAUGCAUAACUAAUAUUUGUUUGCCUAAUUGAGUAUAUUAAUCUGAAUUUCAUAUCUUUAUAAAAUAUUUACAAUAUUUGUGACUUAUAAUUCUUCAAAUAAUUUUUCUGUUCAGAUUUCCAAUUGCAUAUAUAUAUUAAAUUGUUAAUCAAUAACAUUUCACAGAAUGGUUAGUAUAUUUAUUUAUAAAAAUAAUUUUUAAUUUUAUAUUUCCAUUGCCAUACCAAAAUAAUAAUGAUUUCUUAUUAAAGAAAUUUGAAAUUUUUUGCAUUCUAUGUAUUCUAUUCAAUAAGUUAUCAAGGUCAGCUGAAUACAUUGAUAUUCCCAAUCUGCGUUUGACAUAUCUGACAUAUAAAUUGUGCAAGAUUUCAGCAAUUGAAAUAUACAUUUCGAGAAGGAGAGUUAAGCACUUGCUUACUAAUCGUAGAAUGUACAAAAAUAUAACAGUUGCAGAGGUGGGUUUGAAAACCUGGGCAUUUGUUUAUAAAUAUAAUUUGUAUGUAAUUUUAUGAUGUCGGAACUAGCAGGUGAAACUAGCAGUCGAACCAUUUUACCAAAGGAUCAGGCGGAUACAUUUGAGUUGCUCAGCUGCUAGUCAUCAGUGCCGUCACAACGCUACUCAACAUUUUUAGACUCAAGUAUGGUCAAUCAAAAGAAAAUAUUAAUCUUAAGUAGAGUGGAACAAGAUAUAUACCCAAUUUCAUAAUGCAAAUCCUAUAGGAAAUUAUAGACUGAAACAUUGCCAGUUGAUUGUCAUUCAAUAUUAAAGACAAUGAAUAUUCUUGUUAGUCAUUCAUCUGGUAAAAAUUGGCGCAGCAGCUUCCUAUUUACUUUAAUA